AUGGGCAGAGCUUUUGCAAGCUGGAAUAUCCAUGGCACACCACUGUUGACAGCAGACAUAAUUGAUGCCAUGUUAUGUGUCAUGACUAUGGUGCUUCAUAGAAUUCAGCUCCUUGCGCAGCAACAUUUCACUUUUUUACAUGGUUGGAUUGGAUUGGAUCGGAUUGGAUUGGAUCUUUCUAAUACAUUUACAAUACUACUCCUCAUCCUCUGUAACUCAAGUCCAUCAAGUUUAGCAGACAACAACCCACUCCAAGACCUCUGCCCAACAACAUCCUCCACUCCCAAUCCCAUCUUCUUAAACGGUUAUCUCUGCAAGAACCCAACCACAAUCACAGCAUCCGACUUCAAGACAUCCAAAAUCAACCACCCUGGAAACACCGACAACUACGCCCGUUCCUCAACCGACAUCCUCACACCCAUCGAGUUCCCUGGACUCAACACGAUGGGUCUCUCCAUAUCGCGCACGGACAUGGCCAUGGAUGGCGCCGUGUUACCUCACUACCACCCACGCGCCACUGAAAUCCUCUUCGUUUCGCUCGGCACCGUCAUUGUGGGUUUCGGCGAUAGCAAAGGGCGUCUUUUCUUGAAAACACUCAGAGAGGGUGAUGUGUUCUUGGUCCCGCGCGCUUUGCCGCAUUUUUGUGUUAAUGCUGGGUACGGGCUGGCUACCUUUUUCUCGGCGCUUAAUAGCCAGAACCCAGGCUUUGUCAGCCUUGUUGGCAACCUUUACUCUUCGUCCAAUGAUGCUGUCAUGCUGCCCAGGUUGCUCUCUCUCAGGACAAACUUCGCUGUGGACUCUACUAGUACUAACUACACUACAACCACUGCUUCCUUCUUUGAUUUCUUCACAUAA